UCUCCUGACUCUCUCCCAAGUCUCCCAACUCUCAAGUGAGGAGAGGUUGUGAAUUUCAACACAAAAGUUCAAGAUUUUUGUAUAUUGUUACACCCUUUUGUGUAAUUUGUUUAUUUCAUAAAUUAAACGCCUUGAUAUUUAAUGGGUAUUUUUUCAAGAUUUUCAUCGAGUAGAAAUGGGCAUCGGAGGACUCAAAGUGCACUGGAUGAUAGAAGUGAAUUGCAUCCCGGAACGGAAGGGGGAGAUGCUUCUGCUCUACCUGGAGCUGCCUUUGCUGUAGGUCACGGUAUUGAAGUAGCAAUUGAGUUUAAGCCAGUUGAACACCCGACUGAGCCUUUUGACAAUGAUCAACCAAUCCAAUGUCCAUUGCCUGAGCCCUCCAUACUCAAUGAUGGACGAAUAUGGAAGGAACGCGUAUGUGCUGGAGAAAGGACAGAAUUGCCUGUCGUGCAGGAAGACACUCCCACAGAACCUAGCGCAGCUGAUACGAUCCCAAGACCCCCUCGACCUCCAAGAUCACGAUCGAACAGAACGAUACUUCCAUCAGCCAGUGCCCCUGAACAUAAUAUCCUUAAACUGUUGGAAGAAUGCAACUCCUCCGGUAUUUAAGCCUCACACACGACUGCCUCGUGAUUGGAAUGCCUUGUUAUGAUGCAUCUGUAAACUGUAAAGUCAAAAUGAGCUCAUAGAUUAUUAUUUUUUUUCCUUCAAACGCAUUGUAAUACUCUCGUUUAAGUGACUUCUAUGUAGUUGCAUAUGUAUCGCAAUCAUGAGUCUGAAAAAUUCAUUCAAUGUAUAUGUUUAUAUAUAUUUCCUUGGCAUACGAAA